AACAGCUCAUGUUGUUUCAGGAAUUGAUAAGAUUACGGAGAAGUCUCAGGUAAGCGAAGACGGAACGAUGAUUGCCUUGCCUCGUUCAAGCUCUCCAGCAACACCACCUCACCGUGGUGCCAUCAAUGGAGCCAGCGACACGGAGUCCAACUCAGAAAGAGACAGCGAGGUCUUCACGAGGUCGCAGACAUCAAGAAGUCGAAUAUCGAGCGUCUCAUCUACUGCCGCUUGGACCGCUAAUUCAGGCUGGAUGUUGUCAUGGAAAUCUAGACUUCCUCUGCAAACCAUCAUGCGGCUUCUGCAAGUCUUGGUCCCUCAGGUGGAGAAGAUCUGCAUCGACAAGGGUUUAACAGAUGAGUCAGAGAUCUUGAAAUUCCUGCAGCACGGCACGCUGGUCGGCCUCCUCCCAGUCCCUCACCCCAUCCUGAUCAGGAAGUACCAGGCCAACUCUGGCACUGCCAUGUGGUUCCGGACCUACAUGUGGGGAGUCAUCUACCUACGGAAUGUGGAUCCUCCAAUCUGGUACGAUACGGACAUAAGGCUUUUUGAGAUUCAUAGGAUUUAGAGGAGCUGCUGGAGUUGACCACAACAAGUUCUGCCAGAUGAUCUUUGACCAACUUACUCAAAAAAUAAAGAUUCUCUAAACAUACCUUGAAAGUUCUUCAUUAUGCAAUAAAUCCAACAUGAAAUCA